CACUUUGUGCCCUGUGGAUUUGCAGGCUUGCGCCAAGCUGAGCCCCGUGCAGCCAAUGCUGAGGUCUUUUUCUCUUCCUUUCAUACAGGACAAUAACCAGGUGCAGGUGCUCUCCAUACUCCUCUUCCGAACAUUGGUGACUCUUCCACAGAAAAAGGAAAAAAAGACCCUGAAGACACCCCUGCGCCAGAGCCUGCUGCCACUCUUCUUCCACUGCCAUGAUGAGAAUCGGCUUGUGGCACAGGUUUCCCAGGAAACGCUGCUUUGUGUGGCCAAGUUCCUGAAGAGGAGGGAUCUUGAAAAACAGCUGAAGAACAAGAAGCUGUGGAAGUUCACCAAGUGCCUGCCGGCAGAGGACAGGAGCCGAGCGGCCGAGCACCUGCGCCGGGCCCUGCCGUACCUGCGGAACCCACAGGAGUCCCUGCGAGUGGCGGCCAUCAGGUUCACCGGCAUGGCCGGGCGGCACCUGAGGGGGAAGAGGGAAGAGCUCCAGCUCAUCUGCAGCGCCCUUGAACACCUGGCAGAGGACAUCAGCAGUGCCGUGUCAGACGCGGCACUUCAAACAUUGGAUGUCCUCCGGGCACUACAGAGUAAGCGAUACUCUGUCUUCCAGAGGCUGCAGGAUCAGCUCUGCAGGGCACGGUGGACACAGCCUCGUCUGUCGGGGCUGGGCUGCCUGCGCUGCUGGAGCUCUGCAGAGAGCUGAUGGCAGAGACUCUGUCUGCUGGGGCCACCCGAGCCAGCGUGGAUUUUCUAUUUCUUUAAUAUUGUUCUUUUCUUC